UGGCGAAACCAGAGACUCCAGGGUAGAGGAGGAUUUGAAGAGCAGCAGAGACGAAUGUGGGUGCUGUCAAUGAUAGUAGAGCUUCUGGCAGGCCUACUUCUGAUGGUAACUUCGCUAUUAGUCUUUCCAAUCAUCUUUGAAUCCUACAAGCGAAGAUUCAAUGACAAGCACGUCGAUGCUCCUGCUAUCUUCGAGGAUCCGAAUUCGUUAAAACAGGUUCCUUGCCCCCAUAUCCAUGAUCCAGCAGAGAAGUAUGUAUCGUUGAUAGUUCCUGCAUUUAAUGAAGAACAUAGGCUUCCUGCAACACUUGAUGAAACCAUGAAUUAUCUUCAACAACGUGUAGCAAAGGAUAAGUCAUUUACUUAUGAGGUGGUGAUUGUUGAUGAUGGAAGUGCUGAUGCCACAAAAAGUUUAGCUUUUGGCUUUGUGAAAAAAUAUACUGUAGACAAUGUAAGAGUUAUCCUUCUUGGAAGAAAUCACGGUAAGGGAGAAGCUAUUCGGAAAGGCAUGCUUAAUGCUCGUGGUGAACUACUUUUAAUGCUGGAUGCUGAUGGGGCAACAAAGGUUAAUGACCUUGAGAAACUUGAAAAUCAGAUUCAUGCUGUUGCCAAAAAGGAGUUUAAUUGGGGAGCUACAGUUACAGAUUCAAAUUUUAGAAUAUCUGAUUUCCCAAUUGCUGCGUUUGGCUCUUGUGCUUAUCUUGAGGAGAAGGCUCUGGCAACAGUUCAGUCUUGCUUAUGCUUCACUAAUUUUUAUGUUUUUCGUUGUUUAGCUUGUCAACUUUAUUUUGUAUUUCUCAUGGUUGACACAAUAUGCUUUGCGUUCCAGAGAAUGUGGUAUUGCAAUCUUCUAAUGGUGGGCUUUCAUCUUGUUGUUCUCUUAGCUGCUGGUCCUGGAAUUCGUGAUACUCAGUGUGGUUUUAAGAUGUUUACCAGGGCUGCAGCAAGCAAACUUUUCACAAACAUGAGGCUGAAAAGUAUGCCCUUAGACACAUCCAAAUGGCAACUGUUGGCACGGCAGCUGCUGGCUAAUGUACAUUAUUCUCUUAGUUGAAGUGAAGGGAAAUGGGUUCUGGUUAUGUCUAGCAAUUUCUUCUGUCUUUGAUGUUCCAUGCUUUAUUCACUGGUUUAUUUCCGUUGAAUUUAUUAUGUGUUACUGAUGUUUGAAGAAAUUGAACUUUUGUGCAGAUGGUGCUUUGAUGUUGAGGUUUUCUUCCUAUGCUAACAUUUCGGUAUCCCCAUGCUUGAAAUUUCUGUAAGCUGGUCCGAAAUUCCUGGAUCCAAGUUGAAUCUGUUAAGCAUUCCCAACAUGAUUUGGGAGCUUGCAAUCAUGUCCUUUGGAUAUAGUACUGGAAUUUGGGAAAUUUGCAGAUAAGAGUAUUUUUCAUAUUUCGUAGUGGAGAUUAUUAAUGAGAAUUAUAGUGAUUUCCUGGGCAACUCUGGAAAAAGAAAAGAUAACUCCAAUCUCAGGGUUGAACACCUUUGGAAGCGCAUAUACGAGGAGCAAAUUUCUGAUUCUUAGCUUGAAAUGGAAGUAUAGUCAAAUCUUUCAGCUUACUGUUUGAGUGAUCUACCUUCUUCUCUUCUUCUUCUUAUUUUUCUUAAAGUUAUUAUUUAAUUACUGAAUUUAGAGUUUAGAUUCCUUGUUUGAAGAAAUAUGAAACCAGAAGCCAUCAUGCUCAUAAUAGCAGCCAUUGUUCUAUGCUUUAUAUGGUGAGGACAAUCAAUUUCCUUGACGUGAACGAGAUGUCGUUUUGUUCAGGGUUAGCUACUUUUCUUUGAGUAAUGAUAUGAGAUGGGGCGUGCAUGGUCCAGAGCAGCCAUAAGAGCCAAAGCCACAAGUGCCCUUCAUGAGCCUAGACAUUGAUCGCCAUUUUUCCGAAUGGCAGUGGGUCGAGUCCAAAUGAAAAUUAUCCAAUUGUUAAUAUUUUCAAUGUGAAUGUCUCAGACCUGAUUAUAAUAAUCAUCUAAGACUCUUAUAAUACUACUUGGCAAGGGCUUCGUAAC